AAAACGGUCCGUUUUAAAUUCUUACUAACUUAUAUUUCUUUCCAAAUUUGUUUGAGUUUUUAUUUGUCAUCACUUAUUCACCUUGCAUACCAUUAAUUCAAAUUGCAGCAUGAAAUAACAUACUUUUUUCGCUGUGCAGAGGCAGAUCAGUGAUGGCGUAAUCCACAGCCAGUGUGAUAACAGCGCAGACAUUGCAAAAGAGGUGCUCAGUCCAUACCCGCCAGACCGGUGUGCCCCGCUAAGGGGGCGUGGCCCGGCUUUUCCGGGCCCCUCUGGAGCUUUCCCAAGCCCGCCCGCUGACCAUGCAGUGGGCGGCACGUAGCACGCGCGGCUAAUGCAACGGCGGCAAAGUCGGGUCUUAUCUUAUCAGAGCGAAAACCAAACAUAUAGUCCAUAUGCUUCAGCGGCAAGAAUCGGAGCGACUGGGAUCGAAUCGAAUCGGAUCGGAUCGCAUGAGAGCGACGGAGCAAAGACCCAAGUGGAACCGAAAAAGCAAAAUGCUCGGCUGUGUGCGGACACAUGUUACUUGAGCGCAGCGAGUGCCGCAUGAAGUCAGUUUGGCUCGUUGUGCCAGAGCAGCAACAAGUGCCCCGCCGCUAUAUCUGAAUCUGAAUCCAAAUCCGAAACAUAAGCCGUAGCUGAAACUGAAGCGCAACAAGUGCUUGAAGAGUUAUUCAGUGGAGAGUGCAUUGGAGGCUGUGAGAUAAAUUCAAAUUAAGUCGGCAAUUUCAUCAAAUUAACAGAGGGCAAUAAAUUAAUUAAGGCGGAGAUAAAAUUGCAACUGCAUUGGCUGCCAAGAGUAUUUGUGGGCGAAAGUGAAAGCGACCAGGUGAAAGAAUGCUGUUAAAAGGCGCGCAACUGCUGCGAUGCGGUUUGGUCUCCACACCCAGGAGCUACAACUUCCGCCUGACCUGCCGCUUCCUGUCCGUCCAGUAUGGCGAUGCCAAGGUGCUCACCCCCGCCGUCAAACAGUAUGUCGAGAAGUGCGUGGAUCUCUGCCAGCCGGAGAGGGUGCACAUCUGCGACGGCACCGAGGGCGAGAGCAAGUUGCUCCAGGGCCUGAUGCUGAAACAGGGAACCAUCGUUCCACUGCCCAAGUACGACAACUGCUGGCUGGCACGAACCAAUCCGACGGAUGUGGCCCGGGUGGAGGGCAAGACGUUCAUCUCGACGGACUGCAAGGAGCAGACGGUUCCGGUGACGGAGAAGGCCACUCCGGGAAUGUUGGGCAACUGGAUGUCUGAGGAGGAUCUGCAGGCGGCGAUCAAGGAGCGAUUUCCGGGCUGCAUGAAGGGACGCACCAUGUACGUCAUUCCAUUCAGCAUGGGUCCCGUGGGCUCACCCCUCUCCAAAAUCGGCAUCGAGAUCACCGACUCUCCCUACGUCGUGGAGUCCAUGAAGAUCAUGACGCGGGCGGGCAAUCCGGUGCUUGAGUACCUGCAGUGUGGAGAUGGCCAGUUUGUCAAGUGUCUGCACUCGGUGGGCACUCCCAAGAGUGGUGUCCAGGUGAUGCCAUCCUGGCCCUGCGAUCCCGAACGCACCAUUGUCCUGCACAAGCCAGCGGAGAACGAGAUUGUGUCCUAUGGUUCGGGGUAUGGUGGCAACUCCCUGCUGGGCAAGAAGUGCUUUGCCCUGAGGAUCGGCAGCACCAUUGCCAAGAGGGAGGGCUGGCUGGCCGAGCACAUGCUGAUUCUGGGCAUCACGAAUCCGCAGGGCAAGAAGAUCUACAUAGCUGCCGCCUUUCCCUCGGCCUGUGGCAAGACCAACCUGGCCAUGAUGACCCCCACUUUGCCGGGCUACAAGGUGGAGUGUGUGGGCGACGACAUCGCCUGGAUGAAGUUCGACAAGAAGGGAGUGCUGCGAGCGAUCAACCAGAACGGGUUCUUCGGCGUGGCUCCGGGCACUUCGAGGGCCACCAAUCCCAUAGCCAUGGACACGAUAUUCCGGAACACGGUCUUCACGAACGUGGCCUCCACAUCCGACGGCGGCGUUUACUGGGAGGGCAUGGAGAAGGAUCAACUGCGUGGGGUCACGGUCACGGAUUGGCUGGGCAAACUCUGGUCCCAGGAGUCGGGCAAGCCGGCUGCCCAUCCCAACUCGCGCUUCUGCACCCCGGCCGCCCAGUGCCCCAUCAUCGAUCCCGCCUGGGAGGACAGCGAGGGAGUGCCCAUCUCGGCCAUUCUCUUCGGCGGACGUCGUCCCGCCGGAGUGCCGCUGGUGUACGAGGCGCGGGACUGGAGGCACGGCGUCUUCAUGGGCGCCUCCAUGCGGAGCGAGGCCACCGCCGCCGCCGAGUUCAAGGGCAAGGUGAUCAUGCACGAUCCCUUCGCCAUGCGGCCCUUCUUCGGCUACAACUUCGGCGACUAUCUGGGCCACUGGCUAAGCAUGGAGCAGCGGGGACAGGUGCCCAAGAUCUUCCACGUCAACUGGUUCCGCAAGAGCAGCGAGGGCAAGUUCCUGUGGCCCGGAUUCGGCGAGAACUCCCGCGUCCUGGACUGGAUCUUCCGGCGGGUGGAGGGCGAGCAGUGCUUCGAGGACUCCCCCAUCGGCCGGCUGCCUGCCAAGGAUUCACUGAACCUGCAGUGCCUCAACGAGGACAUCGAUCUCGACCAGCUGUUCGACCUGCCCAAGGACUUCUGGGAGCAGGAGGUGUGCGCCAUCGAGAAGUACUUCGAGGAGCAGGUGGGCCACCACCUGCCGCAGCCCGUGGCCGAGCAGCUCAGGGAGCUGAAGGCGCGUGUGGCGGACAUGUGAUGUGUAUGUUCCAUAGGUUGCUCCCUAAUCUAAGACCUAAUUGCCCAUAGCCUAUAGCCUAUUGCCUAAAAUAAAACGAAACGAAUGAGAUUUUUAUAGCGAAA